GUCAAAAACAUGGCGACUGUUCGUGCAGUGUCCUGUCUGCUCUCCAAGAGGGUGUUAUCUAGAACAAAAGCUGUUCCUGCUGCUGCAGUUCAGGGUUCCAGGAACUUUCACUUCUCCAUUUAUGGCAAGAAGAAAAGUGCCAAAGUGUCAGAUGAUAUCUCCACUCAGUAUCCAGUCGUGGAUCAUGAGUUCGAUGCCGUGGUUGUAGGAGCCGGAGGGGCAGGGCUUCGGGCUGCUUUCGGUUUGUCGGAGGCUGGUUUCAACACCGCAUGCGUCACCAAACUCUUCCCCACCAGGUCCCAUACCGUCGCUGCACAGGGAGGGAUCAAUGCAGCUCUGGGCAACAUGGAGCCAGACGACUGGCGGUGGCAUUUCUAUGACACAGUGAAGGGAUCUGAUUGGCUCGGAGACCAAGACGCUAUCCACUACAUGACAGAGCAGGCUCCUGCAGCCGUAGUGGAGCUGGAGAACUUUGGCAUGCCGUUCAGCCGCACCGACGACGGGAGGAUCUACCAAAGAGCCUUUGGAGGUCAGAGUCUGAAGUAUGGAAAGGGAGGCCAGGCUCAUCGCUGCUGCUGCGUGGCAGACAGGACCGGACACUCGCUGCUGCACACGCUCUAUGGAAGGUCACUUCGUUACGACACCAGUUACUUUGUGGAGUACUUCGCUCUGGACUUGUUGAUGGAGGACGGCGUGUGUAAAGGAGUGAUCGCUCUCUGCAUGGAGGAUGGCUCUAUUCACCGCAUCAGAGCCCAGAACACCGUCAUUGCCACUGGGGGUUAUGGAAGAACCUAUUUCAGCUGCACAUCGGCCCACACGAGCACAGGAGAUGGGACAGCCAUGAUAACAAGAGCUGGCCUGCCCUGCCAGGAUCUGGAGUUUGUGCAGUUUCACCCCACUGGGAUCUAUGGAGCCGGCUGCCUGAUCACAGAGGGCUGUCGUGGUGAGGGAGGAAUCCUGAUCAACAGUGAGGGGGAGCGCUUCAUGGAGCGUUACGCACCCAACGCCAAAGACCUGGCCUCCAGAGACGUGGUGUCCCGCUCCAUGACAAUAGAGAUCAGGGAGGGCAGAGGUGUCGGCCCAGAGAAGGACCACGUGUACCUGCAGCUCCAUCAUCUGCCCCCCCAGCAGCUCGCUGCAAGGCUGCCUGGGAUCUCCGAGACGGCCAUGAUCUUCGCCGGAGUUGACGUGACUAAAGAGCCCAUCCCCGUCCUGCCAACAGUUCACUACAAUAUGGGAGGAGUACCCACAAACUAUAAGGGGCAGGUGAUCAAUCACACCAACGGCAGGGACAAGGUGGUGCCCGGCCUGUACGCCUGCGGUGAGGCAGCCUCGGCCAGCGUUCAUGGAGCCAACAGGCUGGGGGCUAACUCCCUUCUGGACCUGGUGGUGUUCGGGAGAGCCUGCGCCCUCACUAUAGCUGAGCUGCACAAACCUGGAGAGAAACUGUCUCCUCUGAAGCCCAGUGCUGGGGAGGAGUCUGUGGCCAACCUGGAUAAGCUGAGGUUUGCUAACGGAAAUCUGAGAACCUCUGAGAUCAGACUCAACAUGCAGAAGAACAUGCAGAGCCAUGCUGCCGUGUUCCGCACCGGUUCUGUUCUCAAAGAGGGAUGUGAGAACAUGGUCGACGUCUACCAGAGCAUGGAGGACAUCAAGACCUUUGACAGAGGUAUUGUGUGGAACACCGACUUGGUGGAAUCGUUGGAACUGCAGAACCUGUUGCUGAACGCCGUCCAAACCAUCAAUGCAGCCGAGCAAAGAACGGAGAGCAGGGGCGCCCACGCCAGAGAGGACUUCAAAGACCGUGUCGAUGAGUUCGACUACUCCAAGCCCCUGGAGGGCCAGCAGGAGAAGCCCUUCGAUCAGCACUGGAGGAAGCACACACUGUCAUACGUUGACGUCAAAACUGGAAAGGUGACGCUGGUGUACCGUCCAGUUAUAGACAGCUCUCUGAACGAGCAGGACUGCGCUCAUGUUCCUCCAGCCAUUCGCUCCUACUAAAGUCGUCUCCAUCUUUCUUACAAACAUAUAAUUGAACUGCUAUUUAAAUAAUAGUAAUAAUGAUUUUGGAACAAGUAACGGUUUAUGUUGCACAUUUUUACCCAUUUAAAAAUGCUCAAUCCAAUCCUGCGCUGUCUGCUUUGGAUCAUUGUGUCUAAUUCCUGCUUCUGCCUUUCAUCUGUUUUUCCUUCCGGCCUUCCACAGUGGCAACUGUGUUCUUGGACACGUUGGUAAAAUAAAACUGAAGACCAGUGGGAGACUGGAGACGGCGACAUAAAGAAAAGUGAGCGUGUGUCUCACCGGCCUUUUGUGCUGAUUCUCAUCUGGUGGCUUGUUUGUAAUAAAAUGCUUCCAUAACUACAGCUUCUGUCCCUGCAGCUGAACGUAGACACUUUAAUGUUCACAUGUCAGAGACCCAGGGAAGGUUUAAAGGAUGUAAAUAUUUCAGAGGCAAACAAUAAAUCAGACGAGUUGUUUG